AUGACGACGACAACAACACCCCGUCCUUCACGGGGCAUCUUCACCGCACCCUCCCACAUCCGCGCCCUCUUCAAGUCCUUCCCCCUCCAGACCCUCCCCGCCAACACCCUCCCCUCGCGCGCCGCAACCUCGACGACAACCACCCUCCCACGCCUCUUCAUAUUUGCGCGCGACGACGCCGCCGCCGACUCCGGCACCCCGAGCUUCAACCCCUCAUGCCUCAAAUACCAAACCCUCCUGCGCAUCGCUGGCGUCCCUGUCUCCCUCGUCCCGUCAUCCAACCACGCUUCGCCGUCCGGCUCGCUCCCCUUUCUCAUCCCGACGUCUUCUUCCUCAACAACUCCCCUCACAGGCACCAAGAUUGCCGACUUCGCCAACAUCGCACCCGACCACCCCAAAGUCGCACUCUACCAGUCCGUCAUUGCGCACAAGAUCCGCCCAGCUUGGCUGCAUACACUCUACCUCGCGCCCGCCAACGACGCCGUCCUCACAGCCCUCUAUCUACCUAGUGCGGCGCUCCUACGGGCGACGCAGCGCGCGGGGCUGCAUGAGGCAGCAACAGCCGAGAUUCUCAAGAUUACACGACGCACGGGGGGCAUUGAUGCUGCUGUCUUGCGUGAGAAUUUGGUAGAUGCGCUGGAGACGUUGUCGGAGUUGCUGGGCCAGGAUAACUGGUUCUUUGGCGCCGAUGAGCCAGGGAUGCUGGAUGCAGAGCUCUUCUCGUAUACGUAUUUGAUUCUGGACGAUGCUAUGCAGUGGAAGGAUCUGGUGCUGGCCGAGGCUGUUCUGCAGUUUGAGAAUAUUGUUCGCCAUAGGGACCGCUUGUACGCGCGCUGCUGGGGAAAGGAGUACUAG